AAUAGGGAUCUGCCGCUGUCACUUCAGCUCUAGAUGCGGAGAGACGGGCGGUUUGCAAACCCGAAACAACAAACAAACCUGUAAUUUCUUUGCCAUGCACCUGUUAUUUUAAUGUGAUGUCAAACAAGAAGAGUAAGGAGAGGCUGUGAGGAGGCUGGAUCUUUGCAAAGAAUGAUAGUGAGGAUCAAGGCGCGCUGUCCCAGGAGAACUCAUCUGAAGAGCUGGCUGUGAGAGACCGAGAUGCUGCUCUAGCGCACCGGAGGGGCCGAGUUUUCCUGAGCAGACUGUCUGUGCUGAAGUGUGUGUUUGAGACUGAGUGGGAGUGAACAGGAGCGAGAGAGCGAGUGAGUGAGUGAGUGAGUGCGUGCGUGUGUGUGUGUGCGUGCGUGUGUCAUGGCCACGGUGGAUGACGGUGGAGGGGCCAGUAUCGGGGACCCUCCCUACAGUAAAGUGCUGCUUCUGGGAGCCAUUGCAGCAGCGUCCGCCUUUGUGGUCACCAUCCUCAUUGUCCUCGUCUGCGUAGGCUGCCAAAGAAAAAGCAAGAGCAAGCACCCCCCAGCCGGAGAGAAGGGGACAUCUGUAAAUAUGCAGGGUACACUUCGGCAUCCUAAACUAAACUCCAUGAGCAAAUCCGACACCAGGCUGCACGAGAUCAACCGAUUGCCCUGCAACGGAAACAGUGUCCCUAAGAACCGUCCGGCCAGCAUGGACCUUCUGCUCCUCCACAGCCGGCGCUCCCAGACAGACCUCAGGCCUUCCCACGGGCGCCAGCUUCCCCAGAUCCCCACCAGUCCCCAGGGGUCUGGCCAGGAGGGAGGAGGUGAGAGUGGAGGAGGAGGGGGUGGAGGAGGCGGUGUGGCUGGUGGAGAGCCUAGGGACCACACCUACACCGAGGUGGGCAUACGGAACAACCCCACCCCCACCCACUGCCUGGACGACGGCCUGUAUGAGAGCGUAGGCGUCCGAGAAAGAGACGGGGACCCCAAGAUGCCCCCUGCACCUCCACCUACAUCGGCCAACACCCCGGCCACCGUCAGGGCCGCCCAAAGCCCCCCCGCACCGAUCAACGGGGCCCGCAAUGGAAACGGGCACAGAGAGGGUGGCAGAGGGAAUGGCAGAGGGAAUGGGACCAUUAAUGGAACCAUGAGGGGGCGGGGCAACAAUGGGGUCAGUGGGGUCAACAGGUCCCCUCUGUCCUCCCUCCACUCCCUAACCAACCAGGAUCAAGCAGGAGCUGAAUAUGCCUCCAUACGGAAAUUUCGAAAGGUUGACAAGGCAAACAGGAAGGAAAACAACGGGGCUGACAGCCAGUCAGACAGCCAAUCAAGUGUGAGCGAUUCGCCCUCUGCUGUUCCUCCUCCUCCGCUCCAUCGCAGUCAGGAGUUUCCACGCAAACCGCUGGAGCCAUUUCACCUGCACUCCUUCCCCAAGGAGGCAGUGUUCAUGGGCAAUGGGGAACAGUACAUCUGGAAGCCUCCAGAGGAUGAUGACAUCAUUACUCUGCACCCACCACCGCACCUGGGUGAGAACGGAAAGGGGCACCCAACACCCCCAACUGCCAAGGAGAUUGCAGACACCUACUCCACCGUGUGUAAAAGCCAGAAGAAGAAACCUCCCAUGGAAAACAACGGAGCAAAGACCCUCCCUCGCUCCUUUGGUGGCGAGAACGGCAGCGGGAGAGGGAAUGGGGGCUCUCGAGGUCGAGGUCGAGGGGUCCAGGGCCAGGCCCGUUCCCAAGAGGAGCCCUGCUAUGAGCCCGUAGGAGACAGAUCCUGGCCUUCCUGCGUGGUGGCCGAGUCUGACCCCGCAUAUGCAACUAUCGACACCCACCGGAAACGUGAGCAAGCGGGAACCAAUAACAGCACAAUAGGGGGCAAUGCCACUCUGAAGAGGAAGAAGCAGCCUCAGCAGCAGCAGCAGCAGCAGCAGGCAGCAGUGGGAGCACCUCAGGGCUCAGGACCAACCGCCCUGCCUGCGAGAGCCCUGCCAGGCGGGGACAACUUCUAUGAGACCAUCAGUGAUGUGAAACAGGGCAGCAACAGCUCCAGCACCACCACCAUCUUCACCUUCAACGAUGGCAUGGAGAUGUACGUCACUGGCCUGUAGCUGGGAUGGGCUCCAAACCCACUGGUACAGAGUCAUGACAGGGAGCUUUCUGUUCACUGGCCAAUAUUUUGCUGUAAAUAGAAAUAAGACCCACUAGAGACAAACAUGAGGACCCAAUUUGUGUUGCUAUCAGGUUCAAACAGGGUCUUAGUUCAGGUCUAGACUUCCCUUGAUCGGUCUGUACCUCUGAACCAGCCUAAGCCUAGUCCAACCCAAAUGGACCAAAUUUAGUCUGAGGAAACUGGCAUAAUCAUCGUCAACUUACCAUGUCACUGACCGUAUUCACCUGUUGUAUCAUUUUCCAUGAUAUCUUUAUUUUUAUAUGAACAUGGUACUCUAAAAAGAGUGUUUGUUGUAACACGCAACCUGAAAAUGAGACACACUUCAAUGUGAAAAAAAAGAAAAAAAGAAACUGAUGUUUUUGUGCAUGCAUCGUGCAAAACACAAACACUGACAUGACAAUAAACUCUUCAAGGAAACUGGCCGCAUAAAGGAUGUGAGGCACACUAUAGUCACUCAUAUACACACUCACUCACACACAUGCAUAUGCCUCUUUGUGGGGGGAGCUUAUGUAAUAUAAGCAGAUGGAUGUCACAGAGAUUUGCUGUGCUUAGCUCUCCCCAAGCAACAUCUGAAACAGGUUCUCUGUGCUCAGUACUCCAGCACUGGCCUGUUGCCGGGCAGACGGCGCUCUGCUGCUUCAUUCUAACAUAGGCUUUUAAGUUAAAAGUUUGCUUUAACACAGUGGGACCUAAAUGAAAAGCUAUUGCCCAGCUGCUAACUCACUACCCCAGUGCACUAUAAUUACUAGCAGUUAUCAGUAUGCAACCCUUAUGAUAACUCUACAAGGUGCCAAUUUCGCUCAGAAAACACAAUUGUCACAUAAGUUAUCAUCAGUUCGGUUAACAAUUCAGUCUCAAUUUUGGUAUUGGAGGAGGCAUGAUGACUCACUCUGACACACACCCACUCAAAGCACACACACAUACUUGGCAGAGUUAAGCAGGGCAAAGCGAUCAGGUCAGGGGCAUGGGGUGGGUAAUUGGAAUUUCCCCAGAGUGAUAUGGACGACAGAUUUCACAAUGUGAGUCCUUUAUUCUGUCUUUUACUGGGGCUAAACGUCAGGAGAAUAGAAGCUGUACUUACAAAAACAUGGAAGCAAAAACUACCCAAAUUAACAGAGGAUGCUUUAUCCGAUGCAGUAUAUGUGUGAUCUCUAUAGGGCGUUGUAAUGAUUUGAUUUUAUUACCACGGGAAUGUUGCACUGGACAGCUGCAGGACCGGUUGCCUUUAUUGCACAGUAAAGUGUAGUAAAGGCAUGUUUGCUUUGCAUGGUCCUGAUCCAUUCCCUGGUCUCAAGUCAGAGCCUGAGCAGCCUCCAUAGCUCCCUGGGCUUAAGUCUGGUGGUUGAAAUAGCAAUAGAAGACUCAGAAUCCAAGGAAAAUAAAGUACUGGGCAUAAAAAUCACCAGCGAGCGUCCUUUGGAAGGUUGCCCCUCGCCCUCUCCCCUCCCUCUUUUCCAGCCUCUGCUCUGAGUUCUGUUCCACUGUAAACAAUUUCUUUCCCAUGUAGCUUUGGGGAACAUUAAAAAAGAAAGAAUGGAGGAAGAAAACACAACAUUAGAGGCUUAAUAAAGGGGUGCAACAGUAAGAGAUGAAGAGGGACACAAAUUGCUCACAGGCUGAGAGAUGAGGGAUGCAUUAGAGCGAUCUCACUGUGAGACAGAGAGCACCCAUGCAAAGAAGACGGGUUUCGAAAGAUCAGUUCCAUGAGAUUUAUAAGUGGUACUGUCAAGAAAAAGUAUGUAAAAAACAUAUCUAAAUGCACUCUGUAUUUUCUUAUUGCACUGUUUAUUUUUUCUUACCUACUAACAAUGCCAUUGUUUGAAUAGCUCAUGCCACUGCCAUGAAAACAGUACUUUUAUGUUGUUGGUGCAAUUUUUUCCUGCUUGAUAAAAAAAGAUAAGACAAAACUGCAUGCUUUGAUAUAUGGAAAUGAAAACAGAAAUAUUGUGGUACCUAAAUGAUCUCUUGUUGUUAAACUUUUCUGUUGUAUUGUUUUGCCAUGGGAUGCAAAGCAUCAUUUAGUUUUUUCCAAAGCAACAACUUGGAGGGAGAGAGCGAGAGAGGGACAGAGAGAGAGAGAGAGAGAGAGAGAGAGAGAGAGAGAGAGAGAGAGAGAGACAGAGAGACAGAGACAGAGAGACAGAGACAGAGAGAAGCCACUGGGGGUUUAGGGUAGAGUGUUGUUUAUCCUCUCCUCUGGAUGAGCGGGGAAGCGAGAGAGAGAGAGAGAGAGGGACAGAAGUGAGGUGGGGGAGGGAGAAGAAGAGCAGCCAGUAUAAAGCUGGAUGAGGAUCACUGCAAAUGGACAAGGACCCAAUGGACCCUCCUCCUUCCUAUAUAUUUGUGUGCAUGCUUGCACACAUAUCUACGCGCACACGUACACACAUACAGGCACACACACACGCACACACUGCAACCUUCAGCCAUACUGGUUGCCAGUUUGGGGGAGGAAGCACAUAUUGCUUCUUCUUGGUCAGCUCCUCCAUAUCCUCCCUCCCCCAGCCCUGUUCAUUUUCUAAUAACCAACACAGACACAGACUAUUUUCUCGGCUUCUCCUCCUCUCUCCCUCACUAUGGGGAGGGGCCUUUGAUGUCCAUUUCUGAGGGACUCAGGGAGUGAUGUGGGGGUGGAAGGGGGACAGAGGCUGUGGGUCAGGCCAACCCCAGCCUGAUAUCAAUGCAUCAGCGGCUCAACUACUGUCUGAUAUGAGAAAUGGCUAACAGCUGAGAUACUUAACAAGCUCUGGGUUGAAGCUUCCCACAGACAAUGCCGGCUGGAAAUUGCCAUCACACU